CCGGAAGUCACUUAUCUCAUAACAGCAGGAGGAGGUGGUGGAAGAAAAACCAUCGGGCCUAACGGAGGGAAGUCACACGGAGAGGGAUCUCUUAUGCCAUAUACUUCAACUUGCACAUCUGGCCUCCUAAGCAACUGGAAAUGUGGACAGGCCCACGAUCCCCCAUCCCUUCUUUCAGGGGUCGCAUCGAAGAACCCUUUGCGCCAAGAUUCCCACUGGGCUUUCAUCCCAGACUGAGAGGACAUGGAGACAGAGGGCAUGGAGACAGAGAACAUCCUCCAUUUCCCUUCCAUGAUACAACAAGGGGUUCUCAUACACGCUUUCCUGGACAAGGAGUUGGUCCUUUUGCUUACAGGCCCAUGGAUGGUCCCGAAGGAGCAUGGAAAGGUGAAGGAAUUCCACAAGAUGAACAAGGAAUGAGUGGUGGUUUCUAUCAUGAAAAUAUGAGCCAGGGUUUUCCAAGGAAUGAAAGGUUGCCAGGGAAUUACAGGCCUCAAGAGAUGAAACCACUAGGCUUUAAUGAAACAGAUAUGACAUCCUUAGGAUUUGGAGAGAGGGAGGUUCCUGAUGAAGAUUAUAGGUCACUUACAGCUCCAGAUAUGGACUAUAGAGAGAGGGUGGGGUCUCUUGUGGAUCAAACUAAACGGGAAAUUCCUGAUGUGGAUUAUAGAAGUGCAGAAGGAUCAGCCAUUGCCUUCAGGGAGAGGCUACCACCAGUUACUAUGUCCAAAGAAAGAGAGGCUUUGGAAUACAGAGAAAGGUUGUCAUUUCUCAGAGAGAGAGAGGCAACAGAGUUGAAAACCAGAGAGAGGUUGGCAGCAGAGAUGGGGUACAGAGAAAGAGAAGGGGUAACAUUAGAGUUUAAGCAGAGGUUGGCUGCCAUGCUUGAACUUGGAGAGAGAGAGGUUGCAUCAUUGGGUUUAAGGGAAAGGGGUGGAGCAGAGAGGUUACUUAGAGAGAGGGAGGCUGCAGAGCUGUUAUUCAGAGAGAGGGAGGCUGCAGAGUUGUUACUGCGAGGAAGGGAGGCUGCAUCGUUGGAGCAUAGACAAAGGGAAGUGCCAGUCGUAGACUAUAGAGACCGAAGGAUCCCUGCUCACUAUUCAGAGCGUGAGUCAGUAGGCCUGGCAUUCAGAGCUACAGAAACUGCUACACCUAGAUACAGAGAGCAUGAUAGAGGCCUUGACUAUAGGGAAAGAGAUGAAGCUGGAUUACAGCACUGGGGCAGGGCAGUGCAUGACUAUGGUGAGGUUAGGAAAAUUGAACUACCUUAUGGGGAAAAAGAAAGAUUAGUCUCUGAAUACAGAGAGCAGGAGAUGACAUAUCAGGAGUAUAAAGAGAGAGGUACUUUGGUAAUAGACUACAAAAACACAGAUACUGCUGACUUGGACCUUAGGGGGCAUGAGACAGUAGGGGGAAAUUUUAAAGAGCAUGAUACUACUAGUACAGUUUACAAGGAAGGUAAAAAUGUAGAGUACCAAAAGAGAGAUGCUCUAGAUCUGGCUAAACAAAAUUAUGUCCAAUCAGAAAAAGGUUACAUACUAGGAGAAUCAGAUAUAGAUGGCAGGGAUAGAGAAAGUAACCUCAUGGAAUAUGGGCAAGUUAAAAGCACAAUACUUGAAACCAGAGAGAAAAAAAUACAAAGGCUAGAUUACAGAGAGAACACUGAUUCAGACUACCGUGCAAAAGAGAGUCGUGAUGCAGAUUACUGGGGUAAAGACACUACCGACUCUGAUUACCGUGAAAAGAAGAAAGCUGACUCUGAUUAUCGUGAUAAAGAUGGUUCAGAUAAAAGGAGCACAGAACACAAAGAUAAGAAAAGUAAAGGUGAUGAUCACAAGGAGAGAAAGGGUAAUAAAGAACUCAAGCAAGAGGACUCUCAAACAAUAGAUUACAAUAAGCAGCUGAAUCCUGAUCCAAAAAGGACAGAACCCCUUGCAAUGAGAGAUGAUAAAAACCUUCUCUUAUCUUAUAAACACGGAAAGGUUCCAGCUCUGACCAACAAAGACCGUAUUGCAGCUUCUAAGUCAGAAGCUACCAUGAUUAAAAAAUCCCUCGAAAUUGACCCUACUGAAGGAGCAUCAAAGCUGACUGGCUACCCUGGGAAACUAGACAUGGACUUCCGAGACAGACCUAACACUAAAUCUCUUUCUUUGGGAGAAAAAAAGACCGCAUCAGACACACUGAGAGACAUGCCAACAUCAGAUAUGUUGGGCUCUCGUGACCAAGAUAUGCGUAGCAAAAAAAAUUUUGCUCAGAGUUUGGAUGGGGGCAGUGGAGAUCAAGACUUCCGGACUACAGGUUAUGUGCAGAAAAAGGAUGAGGAUCUCAGAAGUGGUAAGAGUAUGGCUAACCCUGAACUUUUAGCUAAGAAUGCUCUGCUUUUUGACUUCUUGCGAAUGGCAACACAGGAGCUGAAUCAGCAGGCUGGGCAGAAAUCAAUUAAAACGGAAACUGAAACACAGAGACUGUCUCUCCCACCCGUAAAACCACUGGUGGACACUUCCAAAGUUCCCAGUUCUGCAGACGAAGCCAUAACUAGCAAAGAUAAGCGAACAGCAAGUGGCCAUGCUGGGAUUGAAUUCAUAGGAAGGCAAGAUGCCGACUAUAGGAAUAUGGAUUACAAUGAUGUUGACUUGAGACUCAAGUACAACCAAGAGAAACGGUCUAUGGAUAAGAGAUCUCGGGAAGACAUUCUGCCUGGUAGUAAGGAUAAGGAUUACCGAAGAGCUUCUUUACCUGAAGGAGUCACCAGAAUAUUAUGGAUGGAUGGGCUUCCAACUGGAGGGUCUAGAGAAGAGAUCCUGUGUGCACUUCACGCUGCGCACAAGCUGCCAGAAAAUGUGAAUCUCAUUGGAUAUAUCCCAGGUUACAGCCUCGGCUCUGUCUGCGUGGAGUUUUCCCUCGUGGAAGAGGCCGUCCGAUGCAUGGAAGCCAACAAGGGCUCCAUCAUGUUCAGAGGCAAGAAAGUGACCCUGAAAUACAUCCCCAAUUCAGACAGAUGGAACUGCCAACAGUGUGAUGCUGUUAACGUGUUGUCUAAAGAAAGAUGUUGGCAGUGCAGUGCUUUGAGAUCAGGUACAGAUCACCUACCAACCAGAGACCUGCUAAAAGCUGUCAAGACGCCCAUUAUCCCUCCAUCCCCACGAGGUAAGAAGCGCAAGGCUAAGCAGGCUUCCACCGCUAGAAGUCCAGAAAAGUGGAAGGAAAAAAGCCCUAUGCGGGAGAAAAUAAUGCAGCCUAACCAAAGACCGGGAAAGAGAGCAGCACAGGUGGCAGAGUCUGAAAGUGCAACGAUUAUGUUGAAGGGCAUUUCUCCAAGUAGCCGGCAUGAGAGUGUGGUCAGGGCUCUGGAAUCUUACGUACGUCUUUCUAAUCGAGAUGUUCGUAUCUUAAAGCAUCAUCGCCAUGCAGAUCACAGAGGGACCAAUUAUGGAUUUGUAGACCUCAAGAAUCACAAGGAAGCCGUGCGUCUCAUAGGACUGAUCCGUCAUAUGAGUCCGCCACUCACUAUCGAUGGAAACCAAAUAUCUGUGGAGCUGGCUGUUGGACAACGGAGGACGGAUACAAACCGCAAUGAGCAAGGCAAAUUUCAGAAAGGCAAUAAAAAUAUAUCUGGACAGGGUAAGAGACAAAAAGGUCAGCGCAAAGGUGUUGCAUACACUGGAUUUACUGCCGAGGCUGACAAUGAAGGACCUAGUUACGUCUUCGAUCCAAAAACAGGCCUCUAUAUUGACCCGUUGACAGACAUGUGCUAUGACCCUAAGGCUGAGCGAAAGAGGGAUGAGGGUACAUCCCGAAAGGCAGAUAGAGAUGAACAGGAUGGUGACUCUCAGAGGAGAAGAGGUUUUAGAGAGGAUAAAGAGAAAGGGAGAGCCAUCAGUGAAGAACCUUUUAAGAAACCAUUACCUCCUUCAACAACUAAGAAAGAAGAGCCACCUCCAGAGCCAAAAGUAAACCCUCUGAUUGGCCUCAUUGGAGAAUAUGGAGAUGACAGUGAAGAGGAGGAGGAUCAGGAGCAGCUGCUGCUUCCUCCAGUACAAAAAAAGACACCUCCCCGUCCACCACCACCACAACCACAACCACCUUCCCCUGUUUCCGUUCCCAAGCUUAUUCCAAAACCAGUUCCAAAGCCAGCCUUAACAGCUAGCAGUGCUCCAGAAAAACUCACAGAUUGGAAAAAGAUGGCAUGCCUUCUAUGCCGCAGACAGUUUCCAAACAAGGAUGCUCUAACCAGGCACCAGCUGCUGUCUGACCUGCACAAGCAAAACCUGGCUAUUCACCAGAAGAUUAAACAGUCUGAGAAAGAGUUAGCAUACCUCAAUCAGAAGGAAAGAGAGGAAAAUCAGUCCAUACAGAGGAGAUUACAACAGGCAAAAAAAGAGCUGGAGGAACUGGAAAAAGAGGAAGAGGGCGGACGGCAGGAGAAAACAGAAUAUUUCGACAUUGAUUUCCAAUCUCCCGAGAGAAAAAAACACAAAGUCUCUAGUGCCUCCUACAGGUAAUAAAGACACUAUUCCUGAUUAACUCGCAUCCUGCUUUAUCCAGCUGUAUUGAAAUGAAGAUCUGUAGAUAGCAAGACUAGCAGCACCAAAGUGAAGGUUGCUGGAAACAUUGUACAAAGAAAACACAAAGAAGUUGGCCAUCGAUAGAAUGAAUAAAAAUCCAUCCUUUCCCAAUGCCAUGUACUGUGUUCCCAUUUACAUUUCUCUGUUGAUUUCUGUUUUUGAAUUUUUUUGCUGCUAUUUGCUUUUUAUUAAACUAUGAAGUGUUUA